CCCCCCCCCCCCCCCCCCCCCAGUAGGUUUCUCUUGCGGCUCUUCUCUUGUUGCUCUCAUGUGUGCACGGAGCCUCGAGCUGUAGAUUUGUGCUUCGGAGCAAGGCCUUGACCGUUGCGUGCGGGGAGUAAUGGCGCCUGCCUCUGAUGCCCCUGGUGAUGGAGAGAAGCGAGGGUUGAUGGUUAACAACUCGCUCUGCAAGGAGAAAGUCCCAUUUUUCACUAAGGACGGAUCCCGGAAUGUGACGUGGUACAUCUGCGGGCCAACUGUGUACGACUCAUCCCAUGUCGGACACGCGAGAAAUUAUGUGACUUUUGAUAUCAUUCGACGGAUACUCGAGGAUUAUUUUCACUACAAUGUGAAGUAUGUUAUGAAUGUCACCGAUGUGGAUGACAAAAUUAUCAAUCGCGCGAGGAGAAAUUAUCUCAUGGACCAAUAUCGCAGUGGUGCAAUUGAUUUGAAUAAGGUGAUUGAAGACUUGGAACGUGCUAUGGAGGAAGAGCUGGUCAAGCAACAGAAAAAGAUAUCAGAUACAGAAGGAGGGCUGGAGAAAGCCACCUCGUCGAGACAAAAAGACGACUUGGCAGAUAGAGUGAAGCAGGAGCAGUUAAAAGUCACUAAGAUCAACGAGGCAAGGGAUUUGCUACAAGGUCAAAAAGAAGAAGCUAGGAAGUUAGGAGGAAAGGAGGGAAUUAACAUGCUCCUGGGAGGGAGUGCGGCUGAUAGUUUGGCAUCUCAAUUGGAUGCUAGGCUUGGGGCAACAGUAACAGAUCACGCUAUUUACAAGAGUCACACUCUCAAGUAUGAAAACGAGUUUUGGGAUGAUAUGACAGCCUUGGGGUGCGGCUAUCCCGAUGUACUUGUGAGAGUGACUGAGUAUAUGGAUAAAAUUAUUGAAUACGUGGAAGUCGUUUUGGCAAAUAAAUUUGCUUAUGUGGCUAAUGGGAGUGUUUAUUUUGACACCAAAGCGUUCAGAGAGGCAGGCCACCAGUAUGGAAAGUUGAACCCAGCUGCUGUCGGCAGCUCAUUGCUGGCCUCUGAGAGUGAGUCAAAUUUUGAGACUUCUGAAAAAAGAACCAGCUGCGAUUUUGCAUUGUGGAAGAAAAGUAAGCCUGGAGAACCUGCAUGGGAAUCCCCUUGGGGUUUGGGACGCCCAGGUUGGCACAUCGAGUGUUCUGCAAUGGCCAGUGAUAUACUGGGUGAUAACAUGGACAUUCAUUCUGGAGGACAUGAUUUGCAGUUCCCACACCAUGACAACGAGCUGGCUCAAUCUGAGGCGUACUUCCACUGUCAUGAAUGGGUCAGAUACUUUUUUCACUCUGGACAUCUGUCUAUUGAUGGGUUAAAGAUGUCGAAGUCUUUGAAGAACUUCAUAACGAUUAAGGAGGCACUGACAAAAUAUACAGCAAGACAGCUACGUAUGCUUUUUGUUAUUCAAAGUUGGGACAAGUCGAUAAAUUUCAGUACAACUGUUGUGAACGAGGCUCUACAAAAAGAGAAACAGUUCAAAAAUUUCUUCGCUAAUGUGGAAUCUUAUUUGAGGCAGCAUCCAAUGGCGGGAAUUCAAAGGCCAGGAGAUGAUGAGAAGCAAUUGUUCAGCAGGGUGGACCAAGCACAAAUCAUGGUGCGGGAACGUCUAGAAGACAACUUUGAUACCGCGGGUGCUGUUACAGAAUUGCUUACCUUAGUCAGAGAUGUGCACUCCUACAUUGACAAGUGCAAGUCGGCAAAUGGAAAACCGCAGCCUUCGCUGUUGAAAAAAGCUGCGAUUUUUGUGACGAAAAUUCUUGUUGUGUUUGGUUUGUCGGAUGCGAAGAACGACGAGAUUGGCUUCGGCAGUACUACAAGCCAAUCUGGCUCAACUGGCAAUCUUACAACUGUUGUGGCUCCAUAUGUGGAUGGAUGGGUGUCACUUCGUGACAGUGUGAGAUCUGCUGUCAAAAGUAAUGCUUCUCAGGCAAAAUUGAUGGAGCUAACCGAUAAAGUCCGGGAUGAAGACAUGGUUGAUGCCGGAGUAUGUGUUGUGGAUGAGGGCAACACAUCUACUUGGAGAUUAGACGACCCACAGGUGUUACAAAGAGAGCGUGAUGAACGAAGACUGAAGGUGAAGGAGGAGAAAUUGCGUGUCCUUCGACAGAAAAGGCUGCAGAAGGCGAAUUUGCUUGAAAAGCAUGAAGCAUCUUCCACUUCACCACAAGAAAUCUUCAAGACCAAAGACGAGUACAAAGACUUUGCUUUUGAUGAGCGUGGUGUACCCACUCAUGACAAGGGCGGGAAAGAGCUGCCAAAGAAUGCGAAGAAGAAAUUUGAGGCAGCUUACAAAAAAGCUGUAACUGAUCACGAAAAAUUCAAAGACAGCUUGGUGAAAGAUCCGCAUUUUUUACAGAACUUGCGGGCGGAAUUGCAGGAGAUAGUUUCUCAAAUUCUACGAUUAGAACAAGAUAGAUAACAUCUAUGACCAUUAUUCCAUCGGAUGUUUUAUGUUCCUAUUUGACGUUGGAGUUAGAGAUCCAACACAACAGUCUCUUACAGUCAGAUUUGCAUAGAAUGCGUCCAUCUCUGGAUUGGUCAUGGUCAUCAUCUCGCUGGUCAUGGAUUCAUGAUCAUGCGCAUGGUCAUCAUCUCGCUGUCCAUUCCUAUUGUUUCGAAUAAUCUACAGUCCCAUUCAUUGCAUGCGAUUCUACCAUAUCUUAACUCAGGUAUGAAUCUCUGGAUUGUAUGCAGUUUCCAA